UGUUGAUUGUUGAUCAACAUGGACCACAAAUAUUUUUGUGCAGACUCCAAGAAAAGGAAGAUUGACACAUCGGGGACUGAAUGUUAUGCUGUAAACUGUAACACAUAUCAAAAUCCUCAGACGAAAGCACAAGGAAUAACAUUUCACAAGUUUCCAGAUAAAACCAAGAAUAAAGACCGGUAUUACACAUGGGUCAGAAACUGCAGGCGGCACUCUGAACCUAGCCCAUCAUCAAGAAUAUGCAGUCAACAUUUUGAGCCAGAGAUGAUCAACCGCACACUGCAAAGAGCACAGCUAAGAGAAGGGGCUGUACCUACAAUAUUCAGCCUGCCUGAUCAUCUACGGCACAAGAAAACCAAACUGCAGCUGACAAAAACCAGCACAAAAGCUAUCAAACCUCUAGAGAUGCCUGCUCCAGAGUCCCCUGAUGAAGCCCCUCUGACACAGGACCACGACAACAGUGACAAAGAUGUCAAAGAGAAAUCUGGAACUUGAAGCGGAGAAUGACAGAUUAAGGAAAGAACUGAUAAAUGCAAAGGUCCAUGAAGAAACGACAAAAAAAGAAAAGUUGAACGAGGAGCUAUAAUUGAAGCUAUCAUCAGAUUCAAAGUCCGAUGUUAAGGAGAUUGGUAAACAAUGAUAAAAUAUAACUUUCCUCUCAAUUAAGAAUGAGAACAUCUUCAUCCAUGAAAGAGUGACCAGUGGCCUGUAGAUGAGUGUAAACUGCAGAGUCCUGACC